AUACAGGGAAAUGAGUGCACCAAUACGAGAACAGACACCGACAUCUCCGCUUCCGUGACUGGAGAGAAGUUUCCCCCCAACUUUUGGGAAGGAAAGUUUGUUUGUGGCGCGCGGGGGGAGAGUGGGGGGAGGCGAGCGAGCUACGAUGGACGAGGUCUGGCAGUAUCAGUUCCGCAUUAUACUGCUGGGCGACUCCACCGUGGGCAAGUCGUCGCUGCUCAAGUGUUUCACCGGCGGCACCUUCAGCGAGGUGCAGGAUCCCACGGUGGGGGUCGACUUCUACGCCCGCACGCUGGAAGUGGAGCCUGGUUGUCGGAUCAAACUUCAGCUGUGGGACACGGCGGGUCAGGAGCGCUUCAGGUCCAUCACCCGCUCCUACUUCCGCAACUCGGUGGGGGGUCUGCUGCUGUUCGACGUGACCAACCGCCACUCGUUUGAGAACGUCCGUGAGUGGCUGAAGGAGGUGGACGCCCACGUGUUCCCCAACAAGACCAUCUUCGUGCUGGUGGGCCACAAGAGUGACCUGGUGGAGGAGCGGCAGGUGUCGCGGGGUGAGGCCGAGGCGCUGGCCGCUGCCCUGGGACUGAACUACCUGGAGACGUCGGCCAAGAACAGCAGCAACGUGGAGGAGGCUUUCACCAAGCUGACCGCCUGCAUCUACCAGUCGAUGAAGGAGGGCGACAUCGCGCUGGAGGACGGCUGGGACGGAGUCAAACGCGGAUUCAACCCGACCGCCGUGGACCGGGCCAAGGACGAAAAGACCAGUGACUGCAGCUGCUGACUUGAACGGCGGAGUAGACCUGAUGGGCCGAAUGGCCUAAUUCUGCUCCGAUAACUUUCUUUCAGACUAAACCUUCCGUGGGGUUCAGGGUCGAACCUGAACAUCACUUAUCCGAGUCCUCCACGGAUGCUGUCUGACCAGCUGCGUUACUCCACCACUUUGUGUCCUUCAAUAUAAAUCAGUCACUAGUAACAUGUGCGACUUCAUCGACAAUAAACUGUACAGCAAGCUUAGUUUAGAUAGUGUGGGAAACAUAGAAACAUAGAAAAUAGGUGCAGGAGUAGGCCAUUCGGCCCUUCGAGCCUGCACCAUUCGCCAUUCAAUAUGAUCACGGCUGAUCAUCCAACUCAGUAUCUUGUACCUGCCUUCUCUCCAUACCCCCUGAUCCCUUUAGCCACAAGGGCCACAUCUAACUCCCUCUUAAAUAUAAUCAAUGAACUGUGGCCUCAACUACCUUCUGUGGCAGAGAAUUCCAGAGAUUCACCACUCUCUGUGUGAAAAAUGUUUUUCUCAUCUUUUCUAUAUGUUUCUAUAAGAUCCUCCUCGUCCUUCCAGUGAAUGCAAGCUUCUCUCCAGAGAUGCUGCCUGACCCGCUGAGUUUACGCCAGCAUAUUUUUUUUUCAAAUAGAUGUGUCUGUCUUUCAUACAUUGAGGAAACCAGGCCGAAGAAGGAUUGGUUGGUGAGAAUGUAAACAGGAGGCAGAAUACUGGGUCUAGCAGCCAAUUGUGUGAACACAUUAUACGUCUAGCGUAGAUCAUCCAACUCAGUGUCCUGUACCUGCCUUCUCUCCAUACCCCCUGAUCCCUUUAGCCACAGAGGUCACAUCUAACUCCCUCUUAAAUAUAACCAAUGAACUGUGGCCUCAACUAGUUUCUGUGGCAGAGAAUUCCACAGAUUCACCACUCUCUGUGUGAAAAAGUGUUUUUCUCAUCUCAGUCCUAAAGGAUUUCCCCUUUAUCCUUAAUACUUCAUCGACAAUAAACUGUACAGCAAGCUUAGUUUAGUUUAGAGAGACAGUGUGGGAACAACCUCUUCGACCCACCGAUCCUCACACACAAAAUCUACCCUACACAUUAGGGACAAUUUACAGAAGUAAAUUCAUCUGCAGGUCUUUGGGAUGUGGGAGGAAACCGGAGCACCCGGAGAAAUCCCACGCAGUCGCAGGGAGACAGUGUGGGAUUUGCCACCAUUUCCCCAUAUGUUUUUAUGAGCUUCACUGUGACAAUUUUAACCGUAUCUAUUUAGAAUAUAGAACAGCACAGCAACGGGCCAUUUGGGCCACGAGUUAUUACAUCGGAUGGAAGCUUCAUACCAAAUCUCGUUGUACCUCUGUGCAAUGACAAUAAAAGAUAUUAUUAUUAAUAUUAUUAUUAUUAGUAUUAUUACAAGGUCUGUGCCAAACAUGCUGCCAAGACUAACACAUCUGCAUGCAUAUAAUCCAUAUCCUUAUCAUUUUUUUCCCAUCACGUCCCAAUUUUUUUCAGUUUAGUUUAGAGAUACAGCGUGGAAACAGACCCACCGAGCCCGCACUGACCAGCAAACCCCGCACAUUAACACUGUCGUACACACACUAGAGACAAUGUUUUUACAUUUAUGCCAAGCCUAUAGACCUGCACGUCUUUGGAGUGCAGGAGGUAAACCAAAGAUCUCGGAGAAAACCCACGCUGGUCUCGGGGAGAAGGUACAAACUCCGUACAGACAGCACCCGUAGUCGGGAUCGAACCCGGGUCUCUGCCGCUGUAAGGCAGCAACUCUACCACUGCGCCAUUAUGCUGCCCUCUUGUUCUUCAAAUAAAAACUCCAGAGAGU